AUCUGUAAAGCGGCGAGUCCGAAUAGCUAAAACAAACCGAACGUGCCACAAAACACAAACAGUAUGCACAGCUGCUAGCUUAAACGGGCAUUGUCGAGAAAGGCGCAGGCCCUCAGCGUUAAUGAAAUUAGAUUAUUAGGGGCUGCUUUUAAACUGGCACGCUGUCUGCCGGCACGCCAUUAUUGCGUCUUGUGUAACUGAGCUUUCCAACUGUUGUCUCAUGGUUUCGCCGAAAACUGACUGAAAGGGUGGAGGCUGUUUGGAUGUGUAAGGCUCUAAGACGAGAGGCACCAUGAGUGCGGAGUUGGAUGCACUGACGGUGGUCAACCAGCUGCGAGAUCUUGCCGCAGACCCCCUCAACCGCAGAGCCAUAGUUGAAGAUCAGGGCUGUCUGCCAGGUCUCAUCCUUUUCCUGGACCACCCGAACCCCCAGGUGGUCUACUCGGCACUGUUGGCCGUGCGUUACCUAGCAGAAUGUCGAGCCAACAGGGAGAAGAUGAAGAGCGAGUUGGGCAUGAUGCUGAGCUUGCAGAAUGUCAUGCAGAAGAGUACGUCCCCUGGAGAAACCAAACUCUUGGCUUCAGAGAUCUAUGAGAUCUUGCAGUCGGCCGGUAAAGAAGAGGCGGAACAAGCGGAAGCAGCCGCCGCCUCCUGCCGACGUAAAGCUCAGUUCUUCCUGGGCUCUAACAACAAGAGGGCCAAGACUGUGGUGCUGCACAUCGACGGACUGGACGACUCGACUCGCAGAAGCCUGUGUGAGGAGGCUUUGUUGAAAAUCAGAGGAGUGAUCAGCUUCACCUUCCAGAUGGCCGUCAAGAGAUGUGUUGUGAGGAUCCGCUCCGACCUUAAAGCUGACGCGUUGGGCACAGCAAUCAACUCCACUAAAGUGAUGACAGCUCAACAGGUGGUGAAGACAGACGAUGGAGGAGAGCUGAUCAUGCCAUUCCAGGAGGACUGUGAAGGGGCGGCGGCCGUGGAGGAGAACAUCGACAUCCCCGACUACCUCCCAGAGGAGGAGAGUCCGUCCCAAGAGCCGGACAAGGCGGUGACACGUGUGGGCUCCGUCACCGACGGCAUGGGCUGGCUCAACACGGCCGCCAACUUCCUGACUCGCUCCUUUUAUUGGUGACACGUCACGGGCUUUACCUUUCCCACCACUUUGGACUCUGCCCCUCCCUCUUGCCUAACGCGCACACAGCGCCACCACAUGUAUGCAACAAGCGCUGCAGCGUGUGUGUAUAUAUCGAGCGCAGAGACAGUAUGCUAGGACUUUUCUCAUCAUUUUUUGUGCAUGGUUUUUGGUUGCUUUCCCAAUAUUUAUCUUUAUUUUCUGAUCAAUUGAUCAUUUCCCCCAUCUUACAGUUAUUUUUGAGCAUGCUCUCGUGCCAAUCUUGCCUCAUGGCUUGAUCCCUUUUUUUCUGUGCCUUUUCUUUGGACAUUUCAUGGUAAUUAUUCUAAUUUAUUUAUCAUUGUAACUUCCAACUAUUUAGAGAGCUCAGAACAUGCCAGAGGGACGGCAACAGGAUGAUUGACAGCUUGGACUUGCAAGCUUCCAGGUCCAACCUGGUAUACUAGCACCGAGCCUAGUUUAUCCAGUAGUGUUCUAAAAUGCUAUCAUACCAAUGAUAACUGUAUAUUUGUACAUUGUGUCCGAUCCGCCCAAAAAAUAGUAAUCUUGAAGGAAGCAUUUUUGGCUCAUUUUUACAAUUACCUCCACAAAAUGACAUUUUUGUUGCAGUGACAUCACAAUUAUUUGAACAGUGAUAUCCUGUCAACGUACAGUACAUAAUGAAGGUGG